AUGAUCAUCUCAACGCUACUUGCACUACAGUGCGCUGGCUCGAUAUCUAUCUUCCUCAUUUCCAUCUUCCGUAAGCAAGUCGCGAACUUUAUUCAACGCGUCAUAUCCACCGUUCUGAAUGCAUAUCUCGCCCGACGCUACGCCAUCAAGAAUGUGGAUGAUCGUAGCAACCUGCCUUCCUGCACAUAUGAAUGGCCCAACGGUCAAGGCGAUAAAGCCAAGUUUCUCGAGGGCCACAGGAACAGUGAGCUAUGGGAAGCCAAAUUCGGCGCCAUAUAUCGCCUCUGCGUGGUGACCAAAUCCGAACAUGUUCGUGCCGUUUUCAAAGACUCCGACAAGCAUAUGAAAGCCGUGAAUAACAACUCGGGACAUAUGCUAGGCGAGCUCCUAGGACAGUGUGUGGGGCUGAUUAGCCAGAACCAGUGGAAGCGUGUCCGCAGCAUCAUGGAUAAGCCAUUCCAUCGCAGCAUGGCAACCACCUAUAUCCCCACAAUCAAGACAAGAACUGAUUCAUUCUUCCAGGAGCUCUGGAAUGAUCGUGGCCUCGCUCGUGGAUUGCUGGAUCCAGCUGAAGAUCUCAAGCUUCUGCCAUUCCUCGUCGUUGCGGAAGUCAUAUAUGGCCGUUUGACGCCGGAUGUUGAGGCUGAGCUUCGCGCUCUCGCUCCGCAGAGAGAAUCUCUGAUGCGAACCGUUAUCAAGGGCGGGCUUACUCGCUUCUACUGGGCUCAGUACCUGCCAACUCAGGCAAAUCGCGACCUCGCAGCGUUCCAGAAGCGGUGGCUAGCGUUCAACGAGUUGGCACAUAGCCGUGCGGUCGAAGGAAAGCUCAAUGCGCCGAUCAUUGAUUUCUUCGCCGCCCGCGAUGCCGGAAAAAUCACCACAAAGGAGCUCCUCCAUACGCUAGACGAAAUGCUGUAUGCCAACCUCGACGUUACCAUUGGGGCCGUGAGCUGGAACGUCGUAUUCAUCGCAGCCUAUCCCGGAAUCCAAACUCGACUCCGACAAGAGGUCGCCGAGAAACGUCGAAAGGCGGACGAGAUGGGCGUUGAGUUUGAGCCGUACCUUCAUGACGGGUCAACGCUCCUGGCCGCUUGCGUCAAUGAAUCCGCGCGGCUGCGUCCACUUGCAGCAUUCUCUGUGCCGCAGGGUAUUCCCACCUCGCGAGUCAUUGGUGGCUUCAAAUUCCCCGCUGGAACCAACUUCGUAGUUGACUCGUACGCAUUGAACAUCCGAAACCCAUUCUGGGGCGAGGAUCGUGCCAAAUACAUCCCCGACAGGUUCUUGGCGCAGGAGAGAACGAAUGCGCGAUACCAUUACUGGAGAUUUGGCUUUGGACCUCGGGUUUGCCUUGGUCAGUUCGUAGCGGAUGUUCUUAUUCGUACGAUGCUUCUGCACCUCGUCGACUCAUACGAUCUAGAGAUGACCAAGUCAGAGGCUAUGGAGGAUUGGCAACGCAAUCCGCAGGUUUGGAUCAACCACCCAAAUAUGCGGCUCGUUUGUACAAAGAGAAACAAGUGA